CAAUUAGUUGGUCUUGGAAAUAUGCCCAAAACGAGGCAGAGCUGAUGGAGCGUUGUCAUUAUUAAUCAAGUCCAAUACAGACUUCUCCAGCGCCCGUUUUGAUUUCUUGAAAUCCAUCAAACAUACCUUAAAAUGAAAGGUCAUUGCACUAAACAGCUUCUGGCUGUUGUCGGGAUGGAAGCUAUGGGAGUAUUUCUUGGCACUGUCGCAGGGGGAGUUCAAUAUUUUAAGGCACGAUCUCUGCAGAAGGACAUGUCUGAAUGUGACGAAGCUUUUAGCCAUGCCGUUUUGCAAUGUGUCAUUGCAUUAGGAGUACUUUUACUUGUGGCUGUUAUUUUAAACGGAACCCAUCUGGUAAAUCAGAAGAUAAACACAGGCAGAUGGAAGAGAGGGGUAAUUGCAGACUGUGUUCUACAAUGGGUCAUAUAUAUUGUAGGACUUUUACUUUUCGUCCGAGGAAUCCGGAUAGAAAGCUCGUGUGCAAUGCAUUCAAUCGAUAGUGUUUUGUGCGGAGGAAUAAUCAUUGGGCUCUUCAAUGAAUAUGUUCGAAGGGUAUUAAUUGUAAGUGUAUCUGAUGUAAUAUGAAAACUGAUGAACAAGUAAUGAAUCAUACGUACGUAGUUUAGGUUAAUUAAUCUAAUUAUUUUACGCUUAAUUAUUGAAAAUUAAACUUCUCGAGUGCAAAGUUUGUUGUACCAUGUAUGUUUUGUUUUCCGUUCCUAUCAUAUUAUUACAUGCAUUUACAAUGUUUUGUUGGUAUAUUUCAUAUUGAUACCA